AUGGCACGCAGACGUUCACAUUCGAUCCCCACUACCACCUCGUCCGUUGCUCCGACUCUUCCUCCCACUACCACUGGCCCUUUCGACACCAGCUCGAACGGUCUUCACCCCACGUUUAGUGUCAUAACAUCGCUUUCAGUUAGUGGCAGUGUCACGUUCACUUCAUUCUCAACCUUCAGCUUCACUAUCACUGAGGCCAGCACAUCUGUGGUCCCUACUUCCACCCAGACUGUCUUCCCCACUAGUACUGACACAUCCGCACCAACUGUAGAAUCAACAUCAACCCUCGAGAGUUCAACUGAAUCCGUAGCCCCGAGUACUGAGACUACCGUGACCACUACCGAGACCUCUAGUGGAUCUGUAGGCCCUGUUACGGAAACAACCACUACUGAGACCUCUACAAGUUCCGUGGCUCCAACUACUGAGACGACCGUCACCACUACCGAGACCUCUAGUGGAUCUGUAGGCCCUGUUACGGAAACAACCACUACUGAGACCUCUACAAGUUCCGUGGCUACAAGUACUGAGACGACGGUGACCACUACCGAGACGUCAAGUGGAUCCGUUGGUCCUGUCACGGAAAUAACCACUACUGAGACAACCACCUCAGAGACAACCACCUCCGAGACUUCAACCGGAUCCGUUGGUCCUGUCACGGAAAUAACCACUACUGAGACCUCGACCAGCUCAGCAGGCCCUGGUACCGAGACUACAGAAACCACGACGGUUGGACCGACGACAGUAGUAUACCCAACGCUCACUCAGACUGAGGAGCCUACCACAACGGAAGCCUCAACUCAGAGCAAUCAGCCAACUAACACUGGAACCAUUGUCUACCCUACUUACGAGCCGCCAAGCUCUACAGCGACUGACGAGCCCGUUACAACGGAGUUUCCAACAUCCACAGCGUCCGAGGAACCAAUCACUACGCCAGUUUCGACGUAUGUAGUACCCACUUCAACGGACACUGAGGCGCCGAUCACAAAGCCGACAUAUACCUCGACGUACACUCACACAACAGUGUAUUCCACCUCAGGCAGUGCAGUCACUGAGACUCAGACUGGAACUACCACUUGGUGCCCCGAUGAUGCUUAUCCGGCUGGGCCAUACCCCACCGGGGACCACUACCAGACUGACCCGGCUCCUGGCCCAGGACCUAAUUACCCAGUUGAGAAGCCGACUUACACAUCCACGUACAAACAGUUGACUACUUAUACGGUCACCUCAUGUCACCCUACUGUCACCAAGUGUGCCCUUGGUCAACUUACUAGCGAGACUCAAACCUUGACAACCACCUGGUGUCCUGGCGACGAGGAGCCCACGAAGCCUGUCGACCCGCAUGCUGGACCGAAGCCGACGGAUCCUGCCAAGGAGUAUCCCGAGUCGCCAGCAAAGCCUGUGGAGAACUACCCAACUGUGCACCCAACUACGACAAAGACGUACACUCAAAAGACAACCUACACGAUCACGUCGUGCCACCCCACGGUCACCAAGUGUGAGCUCGGUAGUGUCACUAUCGAUACACAAACUCACACGGCAACCCAUGAGCCUGAGGGACCUGAGGCUCACGGCAACGGCCCAUACCCAAUUCCGGCAGAUGGAAACCACCCUGUCGUGCCGGAGAAGCCUACCGAGACCAUCAGUCUUUCACCGGUUGCCCAUGGGACCGACGCCAAGGACCCGGGUUAUCCCGCUCCAACUGUUCCAGCAUCGACCUUCCAGGUUUCUCCCAAACCUGCAGCUGCUGGUGCCACUGGAGUGUCACCCGCUGGCUCCAAGCCUGACCCGGUUGCCUCGUCCAAGGCUGAUGCCGCUGGACACGAAGGCACCGAACCUGCUGCAGCUCAGCCGACGUACGCUACGGCUGAGGCUCCCAAAGCUCAGUUUUCCUAUGCCGUUGCUUUGAUUGCAGUUGUUGCGGGUCUGCUUUGUAUGUUCUCACACCGCCGGAUGGCGCGUGAUAAUGCUCGUGUGAGUGUGUUACAAAGGGCCCUCGGCACGCUGUUUUCAUUUCAGCCUCUUCUUAUCAUUCCGCACCUUCUCAUGGCUCGGAUCAUACGACCAAUCUUGCAGCCACCAUUGCGCGCCAUUGUUGAAGUGCAUGCUUUUGAUAAAGCGUUCUUCUGGUGUGUCGGUGGUCCCGCACAACAUUGGCAUACCGUAUGGAACCGAGAUACUGCGAAUACACCGUUCGCCCUUACAUACUUCAGUGAUGUUCUUUAUGCUUCAGAAGUAGCCAUGGCGCAACAUUCGAAGGUACCACAAGGAGAAGCAAGCCAUGGUCUUCAUGAUCGGCAAGCGAGGGUUUCGCCCGCAGAACUACCCGCCUAUGAGUAUUCGGCAAAUCACGGCUUGCUGAAUCCCGCUACUGUUUUACCAUCCCAGCUCCUCGAGUCGUACCGUCAAAUGCCUCCUCCGGCACGCAUAUACAGCGAAAGCCCACCAAUUGCUAGCCGUAUUCUCGCAGACUCUGUCGGAACUGGUAACCCACAAUCGUAUCCAAGUCCGUUAUUGCAACAGCCUACAUUCGCCGAAGCUGCGAAUGAAAUGAUCAAUCAGGCCUUAGGUCGAACCCCAGGUGGGACAUCGGUUGUAGAGCCUGAUUCGGUCCUAGGUGAAUCAGGAAGGCUCUACCAUGGGUACAAGGAUGGUAGUUAUCUUCUACCUAAUGACGCUGCCGAACAGGAAAGACUUGACCUACAGCACGAAAUGUUCCGCAUAUUAUUCGAUGGUUGGUUAGCACUGGCUCCACUGACAACAACCCCGAGAUUUGUCCUCGAUAUCGGAACUGGAACUGGUAUUUUUAUCCUCCUUCUUUCCUUCUUUCCAAACGUGGCUGAUUCAACCGACAGCUCACAAUUUACCUACAAGCUGAACAAAACCCUUUCUCAUGAUGGAGAGGCUCCGUGGUAUUUUCCGGACCCUAUGCCGGACCACACCGCGUGUCACGGACCUUGUCAACACUGGAUCUCGUUCGACUACAUUCACUUACGUCUCAUGUUCACUGCUUGGAAUGAUGCACGAAUGGUGAUGCAAACUAUCAUGAACAACCUGUCGCCAGGUGGUUGGGUUGAAUUCCAGGAAUCCAAUUUUGAUUACCACCAGUCCAAUGACGACUAUGAAGGUAACGCUUUAAUUCGAUGGACCGAUGCAAUAAAUAAAGGAGCAGCUGCCAGGGGUCGUGAUAUUACAGUCGUUCCCAAGUACAAGGAUUGGCUUGAGGAGCUAGGAUUCGUUAAUAUCUCUGUGCGUCGCUUUGCUCUUCCAAUGAAUAGCUGGCCGGAGAACAGAAAGCUUAAGAAAGUGGGAAGCUACAACAUGGCUAAUGUGUGUGAGAUCGCUCAUGGAACAUGGAAACUGCUCGAAGCAUCCGGCAUGAAGCCUGAUGAAAUAGAGUCUUUGAUUUCGGAAGUUAGAACUGAAGUGAGACACCGAAGAAAUCACACCUGGUGCUGGAUCUGGGUGAUCUGCGCUCAGAAGCCACUCACUCAAGCCUGA